AACUCCGAAUUCAAGCUCCACGAGCGAUGCAGCCUUCACCAGUCGCGCCUCCGUAAGUACGGCUUCACUGCCGCAGGGGACAGACCAAGAUAACUUGUCAGAAAGCAGUCCUAAAUUUCUCACAGAUGAUGAGAGGCAAGAGCAGGGUCGCAUGGCUGAGUCAUCGGACGGACGCCAUCCAAAAUCAGAGUCUGCUGUGCCGGAGUCUGAUGAAAAUGUGUCGGUUGGGGAGCGUGAUGUAAACCUCAGUGGAUCGCGACAGACUGGACAGUAUGU